UGGAAAGCACCAACGGAGCCCGGUCGAGAAGUGCAUGUCAUGUUGGAUGAUGUAGCCAAAAAGAAUCUCAUCGAAGAGCUGGAUUCCCGGAACAUUACCUACUCGGUGAUGAUCGAAGAUGUCAAAAAGUACGUGAUCACUGAUCAGAAAAUCAAGCACGACAAGAUCAAAAGUCAACGACGAUUGAGAGAUUGGCGGGACGGGAAGGUUCAAUUCAAUCUGGCUCAAUACCAUUCGUUUGCGGAUGUCAUUAAUUAUCUAAAUGCUCUGGCAAUUACCUAUCCAGAAAGGGUAUCCGUUCAACCAAUCGGUACUACACAUGAAGGACGGCAAAUUCCACUCAUCAAGAUCACAAAUAAACGACUUGGUGGACCAAAGAAAGGCAUCUGGAUCGACGGUGGUAUCCACGCCAGAGAAUGGGUUUCCCCAGCCACCGUCCUCUACUUUAUCAAUAUGCUAGUCACGCAAUACGACAAAGAUCCACAGGUCCGGCAAUUUGUUGACCAGAUUGAAUGGUACAUAGUACCGUUAUUGAAUCCUGAUGGAUAUGAGUACUCGAGAAGCAGUAACGAUCCUGAAAUCCGUCUAUGGAGAAAGAACCGUAGUCCAGCUAGAUGUAUUCAACAGAGUACAGGUUUGUUCAGCGCUCCGCAAACCACCUGCUGUCAAGGUGUCGAUUUGAAUCGAAAUUUCGAUUGGUUCUUUGGUCAAGUCGGAUCGUCAACAGAUCCAUGCUCGGAGAUUUAUCAGGGCGCAUACGCAUUUUCUGAGCCGGAAACAGCGGCCGUGCGAGAUUUUCUUCAACGUCAUAAAGUGCAUACAUUCCUGACUUUUCAUUCUUAUUCACAAAUUCUGAUGUAUCCAUUUGGCCAUCAAGUCAGAACCUACUCGAACGAUUUAAAUGAUUUGAGAUCGACGGCUCUCAGCGCAUCGUCUCAGUUACAUCGAAUGUUUGGCACUAACUAUAAGGUUGGCACAGGAGCAGAUACCUUGUAUCCCGCUUCGGGUGGCUCAGAAGAUUGGGCCAAAGGCAAAGCCCACGUAAAGUAUUCGUACCUGUUCGAACUUCGACCGGAAGAGCAAGUUUGGGAUGGAUUUUUGCUUUCCGAAAAUCAAAUCAUGCCUACGGCUAGAGAAACUUGGGAAGCAGUGAAGGUGAUCGCCUCACAGACUCUGAACAUACCAAGUGUCGCCCGAGCGCGAUCAUGUACGGAUCGGGAUACGUUGUGUGGCAGUUGGGCGCAGGGUGGCGCCUGCACCACUUGGCCAGAGAUGCGACAACGUUGUCCGCGAUCGUGCGGCUUCUGUGCAAAGUAG